GGGGCCGGCGGCGCGCGGGACAUGGAGGAGCGGGAGGGCCGCGCCGGAGGCUUCAGGAAGGACACCGUGGACCGGCUGCUUCGCCUCCAUUUCCGGGACGGGAGGACACGAGUGAGCGGGGACGCGCAGCUGCUGAUGGCCGAGAUGCUGAACGUCUUCGUGCGAGAAGCGGCGGCACGGGCAGCACGGCAGGCUCAGACGGAGGACCUGGAGAAGGUGGAUAUUGAGCAUCUGGAGAAAGUGCUGCCGCAGCUGCUUCUGGAUUUCUAGAGGCCUCCUGAAGCACAUACUGCCUGCCAGCAGAUGGUCCUGACCUGACAGCAAACAUCUGUCUCAGCCUCAGAGUCCAGCUCUGGGAAAAACAGUUUCAACUUUUUCUUCUUCUGUUGUUUUGCUUCUGUUUCCCCUCUCCUUUACCAAGCACAAUACAGUCCAUGGCAAUGAUGCUGUCAGAUACUAUUUUUGAGAA